AUGUCGAACAUAAGCGAGAACAAGUACGAAUCGUUACACUGCGAAUCUCGAGCUCCCAGUUUCUCCUCUACAGAAACUUACAGCGAGGCUCUCCAUCCCAUCAACUUCCUCAUCUUACCAUCACGAUAUCCCAAAAUGACAACCACACCACUCCCAACGCCACGAGCCCUCCUAACCUCGCUCCUUAGAACUCUCACAACUCCCCCUCCAAUCCAACAGAACUCCCCUCUCGUCAAGGAACACUGCGAGCCCCUCAGCAAUCCCCUCAAACACCUUUCCCCUUCCCAACGUGCCCUCCUCUCAACCAUGCACGUGCUCUUCACGCCGCCCAUGCUGCUCCAAGCCCUAGACCUCCUGGAUCGCAGACUCGUCUUACGCAUCGUACAGAAAGAAGAGCCCCAAUCGCCCAUUCUUCAAGCGAAAGCGGGUACAGUGCAGGAGGAGCACCCGGAAGCGUUGCAUCUGAGAUCUUCUCCACCGGUACCUGCGCAGCCUGACGACGAGAAUGGAAGUGGGUUCAGGGAUUCGGCGGCUGGGGAUGAGAGGGACUGGAAGGGGAGAGCUGGUUGUGUGUUGUACCAAGUGCGCUCCUCGCAGCCGCCGAAAUCGAGGUUUCGCGAUGCUAGUACAGGGAGUGCUGGUGGUGGAGGAGGAGGAGGCAUGGCGUACAUCGUUCGUCUUCAGGCUUGGAACUGUACCUGUGCUGCUUUCACCUUCUCAAGCUUUCCUCCGUCUUCUGUAUACCCGCAGAAGAAUGCUUGGGAACCGAAUGGUGGUGAUCAGGAUAAGGAUGGGGAAGAGGAAGAGGGAGAGGAAGAGGCAUUAAAAUGGGGUGGGGAAGGAGAAGAGGAAUGGGAGUUUGGGGCUCUGAGUAGAGAUGGGAAGGAUGGUGGACAAGUGCCGGUUUGUAAGCAUGUGCUUGCUUGUGUGCUUGGGGAGAGAUGGGGUUUGCUUGAGGGGUAUGUGAAGGAGAGGGUUGUGAGUAGGGGGGAGAUGGCUGCAUUGGGUAGCGAUGGGUGA